AACGGAAUGGGUGAAUUUCAUUAGCGUAGGGUACUGGGCCAAAUUCCUUAAGAAAGAAUGAUUAAGAAUCCACGGUGAUACAUCAUAAAAAAGAAAAGAAGCAACUCAAAACUCAUUAGGCGCAGCCACUAAUUCCUUUGGACUUGGAAGAAAGUAAAUCGUUAAUUUUCCCUCUCUUGCGGUUGCAGAAAAUAGAAGUGCUUAGAAGAAUCCCGAAUCUAUGGAAAGCUGCUGUCUCUUUGUCUCCUCCUACUGUUUCUCACAGUCGUCGGCGGUGGCAGUUUUUGGGCUUUUCUCCAUUGUUAUUGGCCUGCCUAACCUCAUUCCAACCAAUCAAUGGCAACUAAGCCCUCCUUAUGAGUUAGAACCAACCAACUGAACCACUUUCUCCUCCUCCAUUUUCCACAGCUUCUGCGGCUUUUCUCGGCACCGCUAUCACUUGCUGUGUCAAGGUUGUUCAUGAAGAAUUUGCCCUUGAUUGUCAACAUAUGCUCUACACGACUGAAGCUCGCACUUAGGAGGACAUUUAGAUAUUAUUCAUUUGGGAAAUCAGCGUUGUCAUCCAUAUCUCAAAAGGAUGUAUGCCUGAUAUCUGAAGAUUUGGUUUCUGAUGAUGAUGGUAUGAUGCUUAGUGCCCAAUCCAGUUUGGCCAGAUAUAAUGAAUAUGAUGAGUUUUCUUUUAGCAGAAAAGAUGUGGCUGAGGUUGUUGACAAAAAUUCAUUGUUUUUCAAUAAUUUGAAAGCAGAAGAUCAUGACAUGAAAAGAAUAAUGACAAUACUUACACAUCGUGGAUGGAAUAUAACUUCUUUCAUGUGUAGGAUCGAUUUAAAUGAGAUCAAAAUUAUUAGGAUUAUAAAUGAUCUGUAUGAGGAGAGUUUGGAUGCUACGCUUGCUCUGUACUUCUUUAAUUGGUUAGAGUGCUGCUCUGGAUCAAAGCAUGCGAUACGAACAGUAUGUAGAAUGAUACAUAUUUUGGUUUCUGGGAACAUAAAUCAUAGGGCAAUGGAUAAGAUACUGCACCUAGUCAGAAACUUCGGUGAAGCUGAAUCGUGUGAUUUACUGCUGAAAAUCCUGUGUGAAACCCAUACAGAAAGAAGGGUUUUAGAAACUGCAUGUAGCAUGCUUGUCAACUGCUAUGUUAUGGAGAACAUGGUAAAUAUAGCUCUUAAGUUGACAUGUGCAAUGGAGAACCUCAACAUCUUUCCUUCAGUUCAGGUGUGUAAUAAACUACUGAACGAAUUAGUGAGAUCAAAGCAGUUGGAAUUGGCAUGGAAAUUCUUGGAAAUUAUGCAGAGCAGAGGAAUGAGUUUGAAUGCUUUUAUCUUUAGCUUGUUCAUUCAUAAAUGCUGUAGUGAAUAUAAUAUUGAAAGUGGCUGGAAACUGCUCUUGGAAAUGAAAAAUUAUGGGAUUCAACCUGAUGUUGUUUCAUAUACAAUCAUCAUUGAUUCACUUUGCAAAUUGUCUUGUUUACUUGAAGCCACAUCCUUAUUAUUUAAGAUGAUGCAGCUGGGUAUUUCACCAGAUCCUGUUUUAAUUAGUUCAGUUAUUGAUGGUCACUGUAAAGUGGGAGAGAUGGAGAAAGCAAUCGAUAUAUUGAAGGUUUUUAAUCUUCCACUCAACAUUUUUGUGUACAAUAGCUUUAUUUCAAAGUCAUGUUCGGAUGGUAACAUGGAAAAAGCUUCAAGGCUCUUCCAUGAGAUGUCUGUGUUGGGUUUCUUGCCAGAUUGCUUUAGUUACACUACUAUAGUUGGAGGAUACUGUAAAGCGGGAGAUAUGAAGAAAGCUUUUCAAUAUUUUGGUAAAAUGAUAAAAGGUGGAACUAAACCAUCUGUGACGACAUACACAUUACUCAUCGAUACUUGUUGCAAGUCUGGAAACAUGGAAAUGGCAGAAUCUUUGCUUCAUAAGAUGAUGACUGAGGGAUUACAACCUGAUGUUGUUGCAUACAACACCUUAAUGGAUGGCUAUGGGAAGAAGGGGCAUUUACAGAAGGUUUUUGAGCUUCUAGGUAAAAUGAAAUCUUCUAAUGUCUGCCUUGAUGUUGUAACAUACAAUACUCUCAUUCAUAGUCUUAUAAAGAGAGGAUUUAUUAAGGAGGCGGGUGAAAUUCUUGAUGAGCUUAUUGAAAGGGGUUUUUCUCCAGAUGUUGUAACAUUUACUAAUGUUAUAGAUGGGUUUUCAAAACAGGGCAACUUUGAGGAGGCUUUUCUUGUAUGGUACUCUAUGAGCGAGCAUCGUGUGAAACCCGAUGUUGUUACAUGCAGUGCGAUUCUCAACGGAUACUGCAGGGAACGUCGAAUGGAAGAAGCCCGUCGUUUGUUCCAAGAUAUGAUUGACAUUGGAUUAAAUCCAGACCUUAGACUGUACAACAUUCUCAUUCAUGGAUUUUGCAGUGUAGGAAACAUGGAUGAAGCAUGCAACUUGGUAAGUACGAUGGUCGAACACGGUAUCCUUCCGAAUAACAUUUCUCAUAAGGCACUUAUACUUGGAUUUGAAAAGAAAUGGGUUAAGAAUCCUGUAGAAAAUGCAGCUUUCAAACUGCAAGAAAUACUUCUGAGAUACGGUAUUGAUUUUGAUACUGAUGAAUAUUUAACAAUGAUAAAGCAACCAGGCGGCCUGGAAACUUCAUUUGCCUCGGAGAAUCCUUUGGCGAAAUGUUGUAAAUUAGUUUAAGAUUUUUGGUUUUUGUAUUAUUAAUUAUUAAUUUUAAUAUUAUUUCAGAAUGCAUAGUCUCUGUAACUCAAAACUGUAUUUAUGCAAUAUUCAUAUAAAUAGAUCUUUGAACAAGAGAUCUAUUUUAAUAUAACUACUGAGAUCUAUUUUAAUAUAAUUUACUGACUGAAGGUGGUUGGUCAAUUUUUUUUA